AUGCCGUCUAAACUCCCCCUCAUCCCAAAUCCCCACUACCAGAAAUCUGGCCUCAGGUCCUAUGUCCACUUGAUUCGCAAGUACCAUUUCCGUCCAACCAAACCAGGGCCGUACUUUAUCGGACACACGGUCCACCAGACCGGGAAGCCUGGGUCUCACACGGCGGUCGGUGGUAGAGCGACUGUGCGACAGGUUUUGCAGAAGAAAAUAGGAGGAAGUGAAGAUGCCUCUGAUACUGAAAGGGCGGGAGCAGAGGAUGUGCAGAAUGAAUUCGAACAUCUUGUCGAAGUUGGGGUCGGGAGUCCUGCGCAGAGGGUGAGACUGGGCGUUGAUACUGGGCUUGGGGAUUUCUGGGUCUGGUCAACGAAACUCCCUAGCGAUAUCCUAGCCCAGCAGCAUCAGGAUCACAAGAUCUUUGACGCCUCCAAAUCCGACUCUUUCAAGACCUCCGAUCCCCUUUCGACUUGGAGGAUUAGUUACACCGAUGGAUCCUCCGUGUCCGGAAUCAUUGGCACGGAUACUGUCGACCUUGGCGGGCUGGUGAUCAAGGACCAGUCCGUCCAGCUAGCGGACACCAUAUCCCCCGAGCUCGUCAACAGUAUGUACGAUGGCAUUCUCGGGCUGGGAUUCGGAAAACCUGACACCAUCAGAACUCCCGUCCAGAGCAUGCUCUCUAAGGAUAGGGAAGCUGAAAUAUGCAAACCCACUCAACUGUUCACUGCGCUGCUGGGAUCAUGGCCGAACAAGCAGGAGCUGGAACCCUUCUAUACCUUUGGUUUCAUUGACGAGGCAACCACUGCUCAAGAGGAAAUCUACUAUACGCCCAUAGACAACAGCAACGGCUUCUGGGAGCUUAAUUCCCCCUCCGCAACGAUCAACGGGAAGAAGCUGGAUAGAUCUGGAAACAAGGCCAUCAUCGACACCGGCACCCCUCUUGUCCUCGUCGACGACAGCAUCUGCCAGGCUAUCUACGAUGCUAUUCCUGGGGCUACAUAUAACUACGCGAGCCAGGGGUAUAUCUUCCCCUCCAAUAUUACGGAGGAGAGACUUCCCACCGUCUCAUUGGGUGUGGGUGAGAGGCAGUUUGUCGUGCGGAAGGGGGACCUUGGCUUUGCUGAUGUAGAUGUUGAGCCUGGGUAUCUGUAUGGAGGGAUUCAGAGCAGGGGCUCCCUUGGUUUUGAUGUGUUUGGGGGAGCCUUUUUGAAGGGGAUUUAUGCGGUGUUUGAUAUUGGGAAUCUUCAGUUUGGGCCAGUGCCCAUGAAGCUGUAG